UGCUUCGACUCUUAUCCAUCUGGUUAUUCUCUCGUUAUCUCCCCCAGCUGCCUCCUUCCACCAUCUUUUGCUCCCACUCGACUUUUGUCGUCCUGUUUAGUUCUUUCAGCCGCUUGUCCUCUUCCUCCAAUACUUUGCAUGGCGUGCUUCGCAUCGCAACGACCUGCACAGCAUUCACGGAAGAAUGAAGGAUGACGCGGAAGUGCAUUGAAUGAUAUGUACAGUGAACAAAUGGUACAUCAGAGGAAUCAGCAUCGGAAGUUAUGUACAACGAAAUUAAGUAUGGUACACGAGGGGGAGGGGGACGCUAUGUACAUGCAAGUUAUGGUACAAGACAUCGUGUUAGGAACGCCAAACUGCCCCAAAACCCAUGCAGAAGAACCUCCCUGGUGUGAAGCGGUAUUGGUGACAGCGUGUCAUGCAGUUCGAACACAAUGGAACGAAUUUGCAUUGCGGUUACAUUGUCGUGGAAUAGAGACAGUGUUAUAUCAAUUCCUAGCCGAGGAUACAACGGAAGGAUGGGAAUUGAGACUGUCCAAACCACAGAAGAGUCGACCACGUAUUUUCCUUGCCUCUUGCCCGUGAUAGAGUGUCGAGGCUCCCCUUGGUAGUGUUCCGAUAUCUGCCCAUAAAUACUCGAUCGUCUGCCCUUGCGCGCGGUAG